CCGGCUCCAACAGGCUGGGGCUUGUGAAUCUGUUCCAGGGAGCGGUGUCUCCCAAGGUGGCCCGGCAAGCCCCUUCACCCCGAAGGCCGAAUGCAGCCAGGAGAUGUGAGAGGUGGGCUGUGGCUGCAGGUGGGCCGGAGCCUCCGGUCCGGGAGGGUAGGGUGGAGCUGAGCCGCCUCCCUCCCUGCCCCAUGCCCCUGGCGUCUAGACCAUGGCGCCGGUGCCCAGCGGCCGAGAGCACGGGCCGCUGCUCACCUGCGUAGUCAUGGAGUCACCGGAGGCGAGAGUGGCCGGUCCGGUGGGCGGUUCUGUGGCCGACGGUCACAAGGAGCAGGGGGUCCGGGACGUUGGACUCAGCCCCUCCAAGCUCUUGCGCUUCUUGUCUGCGGUGACCCGGAAGCGGACCCCCCCAACCUUGGAACGGCCCCACUCCGUGGUCCUGGAGGGCAGCUCCUCGGCCUGGAGCGCCCUGGCCUCUUUCCGGAAAGGGGGCUCCGCACUGAAGAAGCUGAGGUGCUCGCUGGUGCCGGGGACCCAGGGGCGGGCUGGCCCCGGGGAAGGUGCCCCCUCCGGGGCCCACACCGAGCUCCACUCCUGCGCGGGGCCCUGGAGCGACUGGCCCCGGCCCGUGGACGGGCUGACAUCGGAUCGCUUGGACCCCGAUGCCAGCGAUGACAGUGACGUGGGCGACGACACCUUCCUGAGGAACACGCACCGCUCCCGUAGCAUCCGGCGAGCGUACGGCGUGGGCCGCAUCUCCUUGCUGGACAUCGAACCACACCGCCCGCAUGGCCCUGGGCCCCUGACCCCUGCCUCCUGCGACCCCCAGGGUGGCGAUGGCCAGCAGGGUCCCGCCCAAGGUCACUGUGGCGUCCGCAGGAGGAGCAAGAGCACUGACAAUCUCCACUUCCUGAAGAAGAGCUCCUUCAGGCGGAAGUCUGCGUCCAGCCUGGCCGAGCUCAAGGUGGUCGACGACCAGCCGCCCCCGGCCGUGGUGGUGAGUUCGGCAUUGGCCGGGCCUGGCCAGUCCCGGGAGGACCACGAGAGGCCGUCCGGCCGCUGGAGGAGUCCCCUUGGGGUCUUGAGACUGGUUGGCAACGUGGCUGACGCCGCCCGGAAGCGGGAGGAUCCUGAGGGCUCGGCCCCGGCUGAGGGGGGCGGCCCCCUGAGAGCCCGGUCCAACAGCAGGCUUCAUGACGAUUAUUCCCGCCGGGCUUCUGGCAACUGGGAGCCUGACCGGAGGCGGGGCCCACCCACGGCCUGGGCCUCUGGUCCUUCACUAGGAUCGCCAAGUUCGGCCAUCCCCCGGGGCCCAGAGACACGGGGCAGAACUGGCACGAUCCCUCCAGGGCCCGAAGAGCCCAAGGCCCCGGCGGGUGCCGCUCCGUGUGUCGCCGUCUUGUCCCCGGAAGCAUUGGGCCAAGCUCCUGGUAGUGGGAAAUGCCCCAGCAGGCCUGCUUCCCAAUCCGAGGGGCCACCCAGCCCGCCCGGCCCUGCCACUCCAAAGCCUCAGAGCCCUGGAGCUUCCCCGGCCCGGGGUGGGACCCGUUUCCGGUGUCCGGACAACCUCAGCUCACUGUCGCUGAGUUCGAUGGACAGUGAUGGUCGGGCGGAGGCAACAGCCCCGGGGCCGGGAAGGAGCCCUGGGUCCUUCCGGGCGUCUGAGCCUCCUGGGGCCCACGAUGAUGGCAACGAGGACAGCGGCAUCAGCAGCCAUUCCCAGCUCAGCCUGAACCUGGCCCCUGGUCCUGAAGAGCCUGAGGUGGUGCCUGAUGAGUGGCAGAAGAAACCCCCAGAUGCAGAGAAGACGGAGGUGCCCAGGGUCACCCGGAGAAGGGGCGGCUCAGGGAAGAGGCCCCGGCCCCUGUCGGAUUUUGGCCAGCCGGCCGGCAGGAGUUCCUCCAUCCCCGAGGAUUCCGUGGCCGUGGAGUCGGGGGAAUCAGAUCGUGUGGAUGCCGUGGACCCAGAGGCAGCAGAACAACCGGCUGGGCCAGGCUGCCCAAGAGGUGUCAGGAAAAGAAGGCCCAUCUCCGUGAUCGGCGGGGUCAGCCUCUACGCGGGCCACCAGGAGGAAGGAAUGAAGACUCUUCUUGCCCAAGCGGCAGCCAGGCCCCCCGUGCCCGCUCACCAGGUCCCGCCCUACAAAGCAGUUUCCGCCAGGUUCCGGCCGCUUGCCUACUCUCAGAGCACCCCCGUCGGGCUGGACCGCGUCGGGCGCAGGCGGCAGAUGCGAGCAGCAAAUCCGCAUUCCGACGGAGGGCCCGAGUCCCCCGCCUUAGCGGACGACAACGGCAGCGAGGAGGAUUUCAGCUAUGAAGAGCUCUGCCAGGCUGGCCCCCACUACCUGCCUCCUGGAGGGGACCAGUUGGCUCUCAAUGAGCUGCUCAGUGACGGCAGUGGGGUCUGUGCGGAGGCCCUGUGGGACCAUGUGACCAUGGACGAGCAGGAGCUGGGCUUCAAGGCGGGCGAUGUCAUCCAGGUGCUGGAGGCGUCCAACAAGGAUUGGUGGUGGGGGAGGCAUGAAAAUAAGGAGGCCUGGUUCCCAGCCAGCUUCGUCAGGCUGCGAGUGAACCAGGAAGAGCUGGUGGAGACUGCCGGCGGUGCCCGGGGGUCAGAGCAGGACACUGAUGCUGGCCAACACCACCACAAGAGCGCAGAAAACAAGGAUCAGAUGCGGACAAACGUCGUGCAGGAGAUCGUGAACACGGAGCGGGUCUACAUCAAGCAUCUCAAGGACAUAUGUGAGGGCUACAUCCGGCAAUGUCGCAAACACCCGGGCAUGUUCACCGCCGCGCAGCUGGCCACCAUCUUCGGAAACAUCGAAGACAUUUACAAGUUCCAAAGAAAGUUCUUGAAAGACCUUGAGAAACAGUAUAAUAAGGAGGACCCUCACUUGAGUGAAAUAGGAUCUUGCUUUCUUCAGCACCAAGUGGGGUUUGCUAUCUACUCCGAGUACUGCAACAACCACCCAGGGGCCUGCGUUGAGCUGGCCAACCUGAUGAAACAGGGCCGGUACCGGCACUUCUUCGAGGCCUGCCGCCUGCUUCAGCAGAUGAUCGACAUCGCCAUCGACGGCUUCCUCCUCACGCCCGUCCAGAAGAUCUGCAAAUACCCACUGCAGCUGGCGGAACUCCUCAAAUAUACCACGCAGGAGCACAGCGAUUUCGGCAACAUCAAGGCAGCGUAUGAGGCCAUGAAGAACGUAGCUCGCUUGAUUAAUGAGCGCAAGCGCAAGCUAGAAAGUAUAGACAAGAUCGCCCGCUGGCAAGUGUCCAUCGUGGGCUGGGAGGGGCUAGACAUUCUCGACCGAAGUUCGGAGCUGAUCCACUCCGGGGAACUGACCCAAGUCAACAAGCAGGGCCGCGGCCAACAGAGGACCUUCUUCCUGUUCGACCACCAGCUGGUGUCCUGCAGGAAGGAUCGACUGCGCAGGGACAUGCUCUACUACAAGGGCCGGACCGACACGGACGCCACGGAGCUGGUGGACCUGGAGGACGGCCGGGACGCGGACUCCAAUGCCCAGGUCCGGCACGCCUUCAAACUGGUCAGCCGGGAGACGGGAGAGGUGCACGUGUUCUGCGCCCGGAAGCAGGAGGACAAACAGAGGUGGCUGCAGGCGUGUGCUGAGGAGCGGCGGCGUGUACGUGAGGACCGGGAAAUGGGUGUGGAGAUUUCAGAGGCUCAGAAGAAACAGGCAAUGCUCAACGCCCAAAAGCCAGGAUCUGGGAAGACGAAAGGGCUCCAGGGCUACCGGGCGUGCUCAGUGCCCCCGCCGCACCAGAGUUAUCUCCCCGUACACCAGCGCCACAUCACCGUGCCUACCAGCAUCCCCCAGCAGCAGGUCUUUGCCCUGGCAGAGCCCAAGAGGAAACCCUCUCUCUUCUGGAACACCUUCAACAGGCUCGCCCCAUUCAAGAAGUGACACGGACCUGGGGCUGCCCCUCUCCUGCCCCACCUGCUCACGGCAAGCCCCCAGGAGAGGGCCUGGAUCUCUGUGCUGAGGCUCAUCCCAAAGCCGACUGGGGAUUCCCACUGGGGGUCAUCUGCUUCAGGGAUCGCCUUCCUUGGGGAGCCCAGCUGCUACCCAGUGGAGCAGGAAGGCCUCCCAGAACAACUGACACGAAAGAGGGGAGCCACAAGGCCCCAGCUGCCCUGAAUUGGUGGGAGAGACAGGAUUCCAUCACAUGCUCCCCAGCACACUUUGAACCCAGUGCAACCAGCAGGGCCGGUGGUGGGCCCGGUGAAAUGGUGGCUGACACCGAGCUGUCAGUUUAAAGGAGAUGAGUCUGAGACAUUGAACCCUUAGGGCUGUGGGUCGAUUUCUCGUUUCCUGGGAUCUUGGGGAAAGGCCUGCCCUCCCUUCCGCCUCCCAAACAGGCUUGGAGCUGGCCUGAGGGAGCGAUUUUCACCACACUCAGAAGGCCCGGACUGGAUUGCCUGGCCUUGGAUUACCCAGACUGAUUUGCCCAGACUCCUCAUGUAUAGUGACGACUGUGGGAAGGGACAAGUGGCUUCUUUGCCAUCAUUUCCUGCUUUCCUACAGAUUGACCAAAUAGGGGCUGAAGCCCUGGCUGCCCAGCCCACCUCCUCCGGCAGGCCGAAGGGCAACCGGGGUCCCACCGCUACCCGGACCCUAGGGUGGCCCCAGGGCAAGCUGAGAGGUUGCCUAAUUCCACCAAACUCCACUUGGCUUCAUGUGGAUACACUGCAUUCUUUGUCUACACCUGCAGCCUCUAAGCUUUCUCUCUCUGGUUCACUUCUACGGUCUGUCCAGCACACAAACUCAAGAAUUUCUAUUUUGUAUGAUGAAAAUGUGAAUAUGUAAAAUAAGGAGAACGUAUGGGACCCUCACAGACUGCCAAUCCAUGACCCCCUUAGUUGCCAGUUAGGUCAUCUCACAGGUUUAGCGCCGGUCGCAGCCCGUAGCAGACAAAGUUGGAAAUAAUCGAUGAAGCCAUAGGUCGGGGUAUGUAGCUGCUUGAGCCUUACCCGUCUCUGGCCCAGCAGGCUAAAGACAACAGGUUUCUGAAAACUUCGUUCAUCCCGGAAGAAACCCAGACAGAAUCCACAGAAAUGGGCGGGGAAUGCUCGAUUACCUGAGGCUCUUUCCCCCCGCAUUGCUGAUUGUAGCCUAGGAAACUCGUUUUGGUACUCAUCAGGAUAUAUCAUUUUACUUUUCUUCAUCUGACUUAUUUGGAUGAAAAUAUCAUUUUUUUCCACUGGUCGAGAGGAACCAUCCUUACGGUCGCCUCUGGGGAUGCUCCAGGGAGGGGACUGUUAGUAUUAUUAUUAUUAUUAUUAUGGUAUUUGUUAGGCGCUUACUAUAUG